AUGGAUUAUUUCGAUAAAAAUGCAUCAACACGUAAACAUCGAUCAACAAAAAACAAAAUACCAGCUCGCUAUAUUUUGACACCGAUUCUACCAUCCAGAAAAUUCCAAAAUCCUAUUAACGAAAAUAUUGAUCCGUAUUCAAGAAAUUGCAUCACGCAAAAUGGUGGACAAUCAAUGUCAAAUGAUGAAAAUAUUUCAAAAAGAAUGGCUUAUCGAACAAAUGAACACCCACUGAAGAAUUUUCAAUUCGAAUUCAAUCAAUUACGUACAGAUUUAGCCGAUACUAUUUCAAAAUUAGUUAAUCGUGUUGAAACUCAUCAGACCAAGUCGAAUAACAAUUCAAGAAUUUUCGAAAAAAAUUAA